AUGCUUAGGUUUACUGUGAUAAGGCACAUUAGAUUCAGCCAUCGUGCGCGUUGAAAGGCAAGAUCGCAAUGAAUAGACAUGACAAGUCAUUUGUUUUUAUGUACAAGACAUACAUCAUCAAGUGUCGUCUACCAAUAUUGGCUCCUAGGCGAUAUUCAGACCCAGAUCAUCAGACGGAGAAGCCAGCCCAGCACAGUCCCCGCGCACAGUUAACAGAGACCAAGGGCAAAAAAGCAAAGAUGCUGGCGCACUUUUUCAUCCCCAAUAAACCGCCCCGAGAGUGUCGAUCACCAAAGUCGUCAUCCGAUAUCCCGUCCAGGUGUGCGCUACCUCAGGCCCCAGGUAUCUAUGCCCAUAUCUAAGAGCUUGCUCCCGAAUCUCAUCACCGCAAAGAUUG